AUGGAGCUUGCCAGUUGCGAUGGCAGGUCGGAAGCGCUUCCUUCGAACCAGAUCGCAGCAGAAGCCUCUGUGCCAGGCAAUCCGCAAGUGUCCCCUUACCGCCUACUUGGUGGUGGCCUCUCCCUAAGCCCCUCCCUCGUCUUUGCGCUUGGCUCGCGGCGCUUACUGGAGCAGCAGCGGAAAUUAGCGCAGGAAGCGCAUGCGGGGACGGCAGAAGCGUCGGCUGCUUUUACCGCAGAAGGCACAUGUACGCCAGUAACGGUAGAAGGGGGCAGCGGCGGAGACGGCUCUGUUGCAUUUCUUCGCCUCAGAGCGGCCCCUCGCAGCGGUGCCGCGGGGGGAAGCGGGGGUCGGGGGGGUUGUGUGUUGCUGACUGCAGUAAGCGGGCCUGGAGAGGCUCUGGCAGACUCCAAGACUUCCUCGUCUCUGCGAGAAAGCGGCUACUGGAAGGCAGCUCCCGGGGUGACUGGUGGAGGUCGUGGCAGGACGGGGUGCAACGGACCUGAUCUGGUACUAGGGCUUUCGCCGAAUGCGCUGGUCUUCGAUGUAUCGCCGCUGCAAGCGCGAGCCGCCAGCAUUGUAAGGCGGCUGCUGCAGCGGCAGCAGCAGGAAGAGGAAGAAGUAACGCAAGAACAGGAAGAAGAGGAACACGACCCCCGAGAAGACCAGCAGCAGCCACUUUGCUGCGUGUACUUCUCGACCCCUGGAGAAACUCUGGUAGCCGCACGCGGAGGUGUGGGAGGCAGAGGAAAUGCUGCCUUCGUCUCGAACCAUAACCGCCAUCCCCUAGUUGGGGAGAUUGGCUCCCCAGGAGAACGGAGGAAGCUGCUGGUGCUCGAAAAUUUCGCCGACUUCGUUGCUGUCGGUCUCACCCAGAGCGGCAAGUCCACGCUGCUGCAAAGGCUCGGCACGGCAGCUUCUGACUGCGCCUUAGGGUCUGCAGCCUCCGUCGCCGCUGAUGUGCAUGCAAGCUUCGGAAGUGCUGCGAGCUUCACGCAGCCGGAUGACAGUGCCUUCAGACAGGCAGCAGAAAUGCAAGUCGAUGAACUCAAGAAGCAGCCGCAACAAUGGGUGUCUGCUGCUGUGCCAGCGGAUGUGUGGCUCCCCACCACCGAGCCAACUGUCUGCGUCAUUCCCUGUACAGCAGCAGAGGUGCCAGAGGCACAGCAGCAAGCAGCACAAAAAGGCUCUGUGCCUCAGCAAGAGGGGGGGCUGUUGGCAACGCUGCAAGAGGGUGUCAAAUUGGCUGCAGCAGCGCCGAUUGUGGCUCUCGAUACUCCAGGGCUUUCUCCUGCUCCUUUUGCCGCACCAGAUGCAGCCGACGGAACAGAAGCGCAAACCGACAGUCUCCUCCCCCCAGAAACAGCUCCGCACGAAACGUCGCUGCAGGGUUUAAGUGCUGCUACGGCGGUUCUAGUCGUCGUUGACGGAUCUCUUCCGGAACCAGCGAAGGCAUACCUGACGGUGCGGCAGCAACUGGCUCACGCAAAUCCUCAUCUGGCGCAGCUUCCGGCUAUCCUUGUCCUCACCAAGGUCGACCUUCUGGAGCAACAAGAACAGGAACAAGGGCAAGGAAAACUGAAAGCAACGGAGUUGGUGGAAAUGAUGAAACGGGAAACGGGGAUUGCUGAAGUUCAUGCCGUUUCGGCCCUCACUGGCGCUGGUUGUCAGGAACUUCUCAGAUCCCUUCGAGUCGCUGCAGGAGCAGCACCUCUCAGUGCGAAACAGCAGCAGCAACUGCUAUUUCACUACGGCGACCAAAAACAACAACGACACCAGCAGCAGCAGCAACAACUGGAUUCAUGGGCAUACCGCCAAGCGUUCUUGUCUGCGUAUUCGGCUGUCGCAGCAGCGCUGCCCCGCAGUCUGCUGCUUUUUACUGUGCGCGAGCUCCAGCAGCAGCAGCAGCAUCCUGGCACUCACUUGAUGCGGCGUCCUGCUGCAGCUCCACCCUUACGGGUAGCCAGUACCAGCAAACGGCAUUCACAUCCCUCCUUUCCUUCUUUAGACGAUCCGUACAAGUGGAGUCUCGUGGAGCUUCCCGGACAGAGAACGUUGGAGCAGCUUCUGAAUAGUCGAGAUCUGUUGCAGACCGCUCCAGACUUUGAGAGUGAAGACAGCACUAAGAACCAGCGCUGUUUUGAGCUUAGAGGACCCCUUGUUUCUCUCCUUACUUCUCCAGUACGGUUUAGCAGCGAAGCAGCAAAGCUCCGUCUCUACAGACAGCUCGGUGCCCUCGGCAUAAUCGAGAGAGUAUACAGCGAUUUCUCCGCCAAAGUAGGCGACUAUCUUUUGGUAGGCCCCGUAAUGCUGCAGUUGCUUCCGUUGCUGCGCAAUCCCAAAAGGAGAAAGAAGCGCAGCCAGCAGCAGGAGCUGUGGAGCGAUGAUACUUGGAGCUUUCUGCACGCAGACGGUCUCCCAACUAAAGUGUGUUUUUCACACGUAUGGCUAAGAUAG